AUGUUGACUGCUAAUAAGUUUACGUUGUUUAAAUUAUUAUUUUUGCUUAUUUAUGUUCGUUUGUCUCUUCAAGAAGAAAGAGCUUGUCAGAUUCCUGAAGUUAUUAGAGGCGCUUGGUUUACAUGGGAAAAUAGAAAUAUAAGGACGGUCAUCGAUGCUGAAUCAAUGUCAGGUCGCGGACAGUGUAUUUUAAUGAAAGAAAAUGAAGUAUCAAAUCAUACAUUUGUGUUUAAAGAACACACAUGUUAUCAUUGUGUUCAACUUGUUACAAGAACGUUAAAUAUUUUAGAUAAAACUGAAUUGGAAUGCAUAGAAUUACCUGAAAGCGUGGAACCGACAAUUGAAAACAUAUGCCAAGGAAUGGACAGAAAACAACAAAUUACAUUAUUUUCAGAGUUUCCGAGACCUGUUAACUGUAGAUCGUCUCUUGAAGGAGUAUGGCAAUUCGCCUAUCAGAACCGUUUCAGAUUUACGGGAGAGUGCAAUCAUGAAGAUGCUGAAAUAAGAUCAUGUCAAACAGCAGGAUCUCAAUUUAUGAUAAGUAACCAAAAAUUUAAUAUAACAUAUAAAAAAUGUGACAAUAUGAAUGGAACAAUGGACGCAGUGGCCGAGUACAGUUGUUUGGGUGAUUGGUUUGUCGAUAAAAAUCAUUACUUCGCCGUAGUCAAUACAAAAGAGACCCGCAUAGAAGAAAAAUAUCGAUGCUUCUUGAAAAAUCGUGAUGACGAAAAAUAUAUUGGAAUGUCAUUAACUCCUGAGUGUAACACUUUGAGUGCAAUAGACGACAGUCCAAUACGAUUGCACAUUACUCAAAAAAAAUCUGAAGUUGUUGAACCUAGAUGUAAACUCGCGCAAAAUAUGACAGGGCCUUGGAUAAAUUUGGAUUAUAAAGAAGCUAAUGUGGUUAUUAAUGAUACACAUAUUGUAGAAACAUGGUAUCCCGAUACAGGACGUGAACGAAAAACAAUUUAUGUUUGUAUGCAAAAACGUGAUACAAGAGUAAUGAUGGCUCGUCUUGAUACUUUUGGAUGUCAAAAAGAUUAUAUUUGUUACGAUUUUAUACCACGGCAUCAUAAUAUUAUAAGAUACAGAAGAAGUAUUGCUGUUAUUCAAGAUGACUUUUCGGUAGCUUGUUCAUGGAGGCAGUUUCAAAAUCAAAUUAAAUGGAAGUACAGUUUGCUUGUGGCAAAAGAUCCUACUCCGAUAAGAUGCCCAAUUGCAGGAAAAUUUCAAUUCACACAAAGAGGAGAUCAUUUAUUUGAGACACGAAUUUUAGGCGGUGUUACGGUAGCACCGAGACCAGAGCUUUAUUGUCAGGAGAAUAUAUCCGACUUUUCAAAUUGUGAUUUCAGACAAAAAGAAAUAAACAUUAAAAAAGACUAUUGUUUAACAUUAGAUUGGAAAGGACGACCCGUUGACAUUUACAGUGAUCCUGAUUAUAAAUUGCAAUGUGUUGGUUAUUUUUUGGAAAAUAUUAAGUCGUAUUUGAUAACAUACGACGUACUAGACCCAGCGAGUGCUUAUCGAUGCUGGGUGUACCAAAGGACUGGCCUCAACAGAAUAAUUAUGUCUCAAGCUGCUGGUCCCGUUUGUAGUCUAGAUCAGACGGCAAAAAGUUACAAUUGGACUGAAGGAGCCGCUUUAGCGAUUGAUAUGACGGAAUAUGAGCGUGAACGAGACGAGUGUCCAUUAUUUUUUGACAGCGGCGUAUAUCCUUGGGCAACUACGGAAAGUGACCUAAUAGUUUUUAAAUUCAAUUCAAAUUCUGCUUGUACGAGCAAAAUUAUUUUCUCAGUAUUCAUUUUAAAUUUAGUUUUUAUUUAUUUGAAUAAUUUUUAG